GAAGUUUUUGACAGUUAAUGAGCAUAUAUGUGGAUGAAGUGAAGGUCUUUUUGUCUGAAUUUCUCAAAAUGACAUCUUUGUUGAGAUUAGUCUUGUUAUUUAGUACUUUGAACCUUUGAUGUUCUAGAUUGUAACUUGGAAGCAUGAUUAAAAAUUAAAACUGGAAUGCUGCCUUUUGGAUCAUUGUUGAGCUUGGAAAAGGUGAAAACUUUAGGAUUUUGGAUGAUUUGGUUACCCUAAAAUUGUUAAUAGGAUUGUUGUUGAGUUUGAAAAAGGUGGGAAUUUUAGGAUUUUGGAUGAUGUGGCCCUAAAAUUGUUAAUAGGGUGGUUGUUGAGCUUGAAAAAGAUUGGAACUUUAGGAUUUUGCAUGAUGUGGUUACCCUAAGUUGUUAAUAGAGUUGUUGUUGAGCUUUAAAAAGGUGGAAACUUAAGGAUAUUGGAUGAUGUGAUUACCCUAAAAUUGUUAAUAGGAUUGUUGUUGAGCUUGAAAAAGGUGGAAACUUUAUGAUUUUUGAUGAUGUGUGACAUUAAAAUUGUUAAUGGGAUUGUUGAUGUGCUUGAAAAAAGGUGGAAACUCUAGGAUUUUGGAUUUAGUCACUCAAGAAUGAAGAGGUGCAUUACCUACCACCUAGACAUUUGUGAAAAUUGUUUCGUUUUUUGGGGAAUUUCGAGUGUUUUAUAUUACACUAUGUGAAUACAGCACGAGUGAGAGGAAGAUUGGUUUAAGUCUUACCGACAAAGUGGCUCCUUGCUCGUUGGAGUUCAUUCUUUACUGUAUGUAGAGUCUGUUUGAAUUUGUGAAGGUAGAUUUAACACAGAAGAAUAUCUUUGCUAAGAAAAUUAAUGAGAAACUCUAGGGACAAAAAGAAGGAUUCACAUGAUAUUCAAUGACUUGGAAAUAAUAUGUAAGUUUCAAGAGAAUUUUAUUGGUGUGUAUUAGAGAAGAAAGGAACUCGUAUGAAUUAUACAAGUUUCAUACAUGAUGUGUACAAAUGAAACAUUCGCAAAGUGUGAAAAUGAAGGAAAGAUAAUAAAGGAGUUCCUCACAUACUCUGGGUAUAUGCCUUGAAUUCCACUUGUUUACUCUAGUAAUAGAUGAGUUAACCAAUAGUAUAUAGAUAGAAGGUUCUUUGAUUUAUGCAUUUCCAGAUGAUAGAUUUUAUUGAUCGGCAAAGUCAACCAAAAAUUCAAAUUCUGAAGUAAGUUUUAGAAUAAAGUAUAAAUAAGGUAGAAUAUAUGCACCGCACCUUUAGUCUUCAUAAAAAGAAGAAAGGUAAGGAGAUUAGACAGGAUUGUAGUGGGUACAAGUACAAUUCAGAUACUAAGCUCAAUCUUCCAGGAGAAUAGAAUGGAUGAUAAAUGAAGAUGCAGAAAAUAAAAUUAAAACAGAAUGGCUGAAAUGGAGGAGUAUUCCACUGCGGGGUGUCUUUUCUUUGGGUUGUUUUCGUUCCACUUUGGUUGUUUCAUGUGGUUGUAGCAAGGGGUAGAUUCUCAUUACCUGCUCCAUCAAUGCCUCAUGAUCGACAUUGGGCACCAUUUCAUGCUGUCAUGGCGACACCGCUGCUUGUUGCUUUUGAACUACUUCUUUGUAUCCAUCUCGACAGCGCCUAUGCUGUAAGUUUGAAGAUUGUGUUCUUUCCCCUGCUUGCACUUGAAAUUGCUAUCUUGGUUGAUAAUGUUAGAAUGUGCAGGGCGCUGAUGCCUGGAGAUGAAGAAAGCAUGAGUGAUGAGGCUAUAUGGGAGACCCUUCCUCACUUCUGGGUUGCAAUCGCUAUGGUCUUCUUCAUAGCAGCAACAGCAUUUACUCUUCUGAAGAUUUGCGGAGAUGUUGCUGCUCUUGGGUGGUGGGAUUUAUUCAUUAACUACGGUGUCGCAGAAUGCUUUGCCUUUCUUAUCUGCACAAAAUGGUACAACCCUGCAAUCCACAGACAGUCAAGUCUGCGUACACCCAGCUCUUCUAUAACAAGUUCUUCUAUAACAAGCAUGAGAUAUCUUACCCGGAACAGUGGAUUUCUUGCAUCUGUGGAUGAAGAUGAUCAGCAUAGUGGAAUAUGCAGUUUGCAGGACAUUGGUGGUCAUGUGAUGAAAAUUCCUCUUAUUUGUUUCCAGAUAUUGCUUUUUAUGCGCUUAGCGGGGACCCCACCAAGUGCUGCAUUUAUCCCAAUUCCUGUUCUGUUUAUUCCUCUUUUCCUACUUCAAGGAGCUGGUCUUUUAUUCUCUGUUUAUAGACUUGUGGAGACGGUUAUUCUUCUGGUAGAUGGUGAACGUGGUGUUAGAAGCUAUUUUAGGAUGUCUUCUGUUAUUCGUGAUUCUUUCAGUUGCAUGCGUCAUGGGUCAAGGUUGUUAGGUUGGUGGUCAAUUGAUGAAGAUAGCCGAGAGGAACAAGCUCGUCUAUAUUAUGCAGAGACAGAGACAUCUGGGUACAAUACUUUCUCACCUGAUACUGUAAAGCAAAUGCCUAAGGCGAAGCUUACUGAAGAGAUAUGGAGAUUACAAGCAGCACUUUGUGAGCAAUCAGAUUUCACACAGUCAAAACAGGAGGAGUUCGAAAGACUUCAAAAUGAAAAAAUUCUAUGUAGAAUUUGCUUCGAGGAACAUAUAAAUAUUCUCCUCCUUCCUUGUAGGCAUCACAUCCUCUGCAGUACCUGUUGUGACAAGUGCAAGAGGUGCCCUAUCUGCCGUAUGUUUAUAGAAGAACGUUUACUUGUAAAUGAUGUGUAGUUACUAUCGACAAAGAAGCUUAGUUUCCCCCGAGCUUGUUCUUUUGAUCAGAGGAACAAGUUAGAUGGUGAAUGCGGUUUUAUUGAGUCAUGUCACCACAAGUAUACAUUGAUUUCAAUGUGUAUUCGUCUGAAUCGAGUUGUGUCUGUCUUGUGAACUGUGUAUAUUAAACACAAGAUUAUGUUAAUACUGGCAAUAGAUUCUGUAAAGCAAUUGUUAUACCAGUUCUGUGCAUAUUUUCUCUGAUCUAUCAAAUGUAUGAUGAUGACAUUUGACAUUUUUACCAAUUGUAAUCUGAAGUUGGGAAAAUGUUUUCCUUCAUAUCA